UUUUUCUAAAGAACAUCACAGUCAACUUUCGUGAAGUCUAGAAUAAGACAUCUCAUUAAAGUUAAAAAAACGAAAGAAUACUCCAAAUUCAGAAUGUCUUUCGUACGUGUUGGACUUGCAAUUUUCAUCAUUGCCUUAGUGGCAUGUUUGAGUGUUGAAGGAGGCUAUCGUAAACCACCUUUCAAUGGAAGUAUUUUUGGAAAACGUUCAGGCACCAUGACUGAACAAGAUUUAACAAAUCUUGCCAUCGAUAUUGUAGAUUCAGAAGUUAUGAACCGAGCCAUGAGUUCAAUGUGUGAAAUGGCAAGCGAGACCUGCAAUGCCUGGCUUUUACAUCAAGACUCCAACUAGAGAUUACUUAUCGACAGCUGUGAUUCUAGACUACAAAUAAAAACAUCAUUAUAAACAAUAUACCACAUUCUUGAUAACUAAACUUUUAUUCUAUGAAAAUUUUCAAUAAAACUAUGUAACUCAAAUAAUAUGUAACAAUA